AUGCAGCCGCCGGCGCUGUGGCAGCGCGAGGCCGACGGCGCCGCGGCCGCCGCCGCCGCCGCCUCCGCCGCGGCUGCGCCCGGCGGUGGCGGCGGCGGCGGGGUCUAUGACAGCGACGAGCGGAUCGCGGAUUCGUGGCGUCACGUCAAGCAGGUGGCGCGCGAGGGGGCGAAGGACUACGACCUGCUGGACCUGCUGCAGAACACGCGGCGCGAGGAGACCUACUCGUUCCCUGUGCCAGGGUGGCCGUCCCUGCUGCGCCCUCUUUCGUCGGCGAUGUCCGAGCUGCCGGCCAUGGUGCAGGACAAGUACCGCACCUGCCAGACCAUGUGCUUUUGCGGCGUGUUCCCCGAGAUCCGCCGCGCCUGGGCCAGCGUCGACAACUCGCUCUUCCUCUGGAGAUACGACAGGGGGGGCGACGUGCCGGUGGAGUACUGCGGGGAGGACCAGGCGAUCUGCUGCGUGGCGCUGGCGCGGCCGCGGCCGGGGGUGUUCCUUGAGGCGGUGAAGCACAUCGUGCUGUUGGGCGUCUGCAUCGGCCCCUCCAAGGCGGGCGGCGCGGCGGCAGACCCCUAUGAUAACCUGUCCCUGCAGGCCAUGCCGCUGUACUGCGUCCCGAGUGACAACGUGGUCAUGACGUGCGCCGCCGCGUCACCCACCACGGGCCGCAUAUUCCUGGGGGGUGCUGAUGGCAAUCUAUACGAGCUCACCUACGCCGCAACCGACAGCUGGAGGCAGAAGCGCUGCGCCAAGGUCCGCGUCACCGGCGGCCUUCAGCAGCUGCUGCCCAGCUUCCUGCCGUCCCUGCUGUUCCGCGCCCCUGAGGCCCUGGAGCGGCUGGCCUGGGACGACGAGCGGAACGUGAUCUACACCCUGGGGGCCAACAGCAGCAUACAGGUGUUUGACCUGGGCACGGCCGGCACCGACCCGGCCCGCAAGGUGGCGGAGGUGACUGAUUUCCUUGAGGCGGCCUGCCGCGCAGCGCAGGGCGGGCAGCCCGUGUUCCGCCUGGGCGGCGACAAGCGCGGCACCGCCGUCAAGUACAUAGCGCCCAUACGUGAGAGGCCCGCGGCACUGCCGCGCGACCGGACGGCUGUGCCGUCUUCCUCGGGCUGGGAAGUUCCUACGAUGGUCUGCGUUUUGCGCGUCCGGAAGACCAUCGCCCGCGCCCUUCCCUUCCGCCCGCCCAUGCACGGCCCGCCGCCAACUGGCCCUGCGACGACCCUGUGA